UGGGCCCGAGGUUAUAAAAAAAAUUUCGUGCUCAACUCAGUUUCGUGCUCAAAUACAUGCUCAUGCUCAAGUUCGUACUCAGUUGAGAUUUGUACUCAAGCAGAGGUUAUAAAACAUCUUGAGUCUGUACUCAGCUGAGAACAACUCACGCUCAGCUUGAGCAUGCUCAAAGGAAUCUUUGUUUAUGAUAUAAGCGGCAAUUUGGAACUCUUCCGUCAAGAAUGGUAAGAAAACAACCCGGAUGUUGUCGUCUGCUUAUUUACAAUGGCAACGGAGGGCGUGACCGAAUCGAGAAGGCGGGGUAAGGGGUGGUCAGAAGCGGAGGAGGUUUGUCUCAUACAGGAAGUCGUUCAGCGAGAGCAACUGUUGUUCGGCGAAAUAAAGGGAAGCGGUGUGAAGUCCAUCCAUCGACAGCGGACCGAUGGAUGGCAAAGCAUCACGGAUAUCCUCAACACAAGACACAUCAAUGCCAAAAGGGAGGCUAUUGAAGUGAAGAAGAAGUACUUCAAUUUGAAACAAAGAGCUAAAAGCAAGAUCGACGGCCUCAAAAGGUCAAUGGCCACAACUGGAGGAGGGCCUCCACUCCCAGCACUGUCCAACGCGGACGAGGUCCUCUGUCAGUCUUUGGAGGGGAGGCCAGGUAUUCAUGGCCUAGAACAUGGCAUUGACACUGAUGUCAUUCAUGAUGGCGAUGUAGCUGCCGCUGCACCAGAAGGUCUGCAAGGUGAAGCACAUCACAUUGAUGAGCAAGACAUCCCAGCAGAAGACAAAAAGACCGGGCGCAAACGAAAAAGAACACAAGCUGAGGCAACAUAUGACAACACGAUACAGGACACGGAAAGGAUCAAACUUGAACAGAGGAAGCUGAAACUGGAAAUUGAAGUGUUAGAAAAAAAUCAAAAGAAAUUAGACAUUGAAAUUCAAAUGCUGCAGAGGAAAUCAGUCUACUACCAACUAAAAAUGAAUGCGGAAUUUGGUGUUUCUCUUGUCGAAUCAUGUCCAACUGAAGAAUAAUUAUUAUCAAAAUUACUAAAGAGAGUUAUGUAGAAAUGCUAACUCUUUAUCUUGUUCAAAUUUAGAAAUUAAGAAACAAAUAUGAAUUGAAUUGCUCUGUCACAAUGUGCAAUGUUAGAAAUUUGAACUAGUCCUGCAGUUCGUGCCAAAGUGUCCACUUGUCAAUGUAUGAAAGAACUUGUAGACAUAUGCCAUUUUUCAGGUUUCUGCUAUAUGUUAUCAUUGUAAGGACUUGUUGACUAAAAAUGGUAGUUUCUACCGUAGUAUGUGCUUUAUAUUAUAACAUUUUCCCACUUUACUUGCCGUAAAAGGCGGCAAACGGGAUCGGGUGGUCAGGCUCACUGACUUGGUUGAUACAUGUCAUCGAUCCCAAUUGCGUGGAUCGAUGCUCAUGAUAUCAAUCACUGGAUUGUCUGGUCCAGACACAAUUACUGUACAGUCCUCCGUCAUAUAGCUGGAAUAUUGCUGAGUAAGGAGUUAAACAACAAAUAAAUCUGCACUGUUGGCAUGGCCAGACUAUACAAAUUAAAUAUUGUUCCAUUUUGUGCACUGCUUGUAUCUGAAUAAAACAUUGAAUGAC